CGAAGGCAACUAUUAUCAGCUAAUGCUGUACUCUUUCACAUGGCAGACUUCAAGUUGAAAAUGAAGUUUCCUCAACAAAGGAAACCAGACCAACGUUGGAUUCUAUAUGGCCUAGAAUCACCGAAACGCACUAAACUUCCUUGGGACAGAAUAGAGGGGUUGUUCAACUGGACAAUGACAUAUCGGGAAGAUUCAGAUAUACCAGUAAGAUAUGGAGAAAUAUGUAGAGAGACGUCGUCGGCCAGUCAGAAGAAUCACGACUAUUUACAAGGGAAAAAUAAAGAUACUGUGUGGAUUGUAAGUCAUUGUUCCACACCAAGUAAGAGAGAAAAAUAUGUUGAAGAAUUAAGAAGAUUUAUUUCUGUAGACAUUUAUGGCAGAUGUGGAAAUAAUGUUUGUCUCCCUUCUCAGUCAUCAAAGUGCUACGAAAAACUUUUCAAAGAAUAUAAGUUUUACUUGUCAUUUGAAAACUCUAUUUGUAAGGAUUACGUGACAGAAAAGUUUUUUAAUGCACUGAACUACGACAUUGUACCAGUCGUAUUCGGAGGAGCAGAUUAUAGAAGUUUGGCUCCUCCAGGGGCGUUCAUUAAUAGUUUGGAUUAUCCAGAUCCAAGGAAACUUGCAGAGCACUUGAAGCUUGUUGGGUCUAACAGUACUUUAUACAAUGAACAUUUUCAGUGGAAGGAUAAAUAUAAAAUUACCCUUCAAAGAUGGAUGUGUGAUCUGUGUGAGAAACUACAAACAAAUUCUACUGUUUCUAUUAAGUUUAACUUAUAUCAAUGGUUUGUUGAACAAGCAAAUUGUAAAAUUUGGGAUUCUGAUAACAACUUCAGAAAUCCAGAACUCAGUAAAGAAGAGCUAUUAAUGAAGCUUGUGGAAACUACAACUCGGUGA